AUGCACAGGGCCAACGACCUCAGCCCCACAGUCCCGUGGCUUUUCAUCCUCAUGGAGUACUGCAACGCAGGGGACUUGGAGUCUCUGAUAGACUUCAUGUACAGUGGACGUGCUGCAGUUGCUGUUGCUGACGAAGUGGCUGCUGCAACAGCAGCAGCAGGCGUGUCGGCGGACACUGCAGCAGCAGCAGCAGCAGCAGCAGCGGCAGCAGCAGCAACGACGCCGUCGACUCCGUCGUACGUGGUGGCAGCAGCAGCAGCAGCAGCUUCAGCAGCAGCCGCUGCAGCAGCGCACUGCCCCUCAUCGCCCCUGGCGUCCUGCUCCCCCGCGACAGCAGCAGCAGCAGCAGCAGCAGCAGCAAACUGCAGCCUCAGCAGCAGCCACGUCUGGCGGCUGCUGCUGGAUAUUCUCUUCGGGCUGCAGCACUUGCAUCACUCUGGGAUAGUUUACAGAGACAUGAAGCCUGGCAACAUUUUGCUGGACUGCCGCCGCGCGGGGCCUGCUGCUGCUGCUGCUGCUGCUGCUGCUGCUGCUGCUGCAUCUCCUGCUGCUGCUGCUGCGGCGUCGCCCACGGGCCCCAUUUCAGCGGCCCAGGCCGCGGCGGCGGGCGGCGCCGCUGCCGCCGCAGCUCCUGCAGCAGCAGCAGCAGCAGCAGCAGCAGCAGCAGCAGACAGCAGCAAAGUUGUCCUCAGGGCCCUUUUGGCAGACUUUGGAACAGCAGAACUUUCAGGAAUGGUCCGAAGGGGGGGGGGCCCCGGGGGCCCCCGGGGGGCCCCCGAGGCCCCCCGGGGCUUCACUGGCACUGUAGAGUUCACUGCGCCGGAGCUGCUCGAGGCUAACGGCGUGGAAGGGGGCGCAGUGUAUGACCCCAAGGGGGAUAUGUGGAGUUUAGGAUUAAUAGUGUUUUGUCUUUCUUUUGGAUUUGUUCCUUAUGCUGCUAAAGACCCUCAAGCAGCAAGAAGGGCCAUACUGCAGCACACGAAAAUCAACAUGCCCGCGCACCCCAGAAGGCCCCCCAACUUGAAGCUGUUGAUAGAGGCCCUCACCCAACGGGAAGCUGAGCUGCGGCCCUCAGUAGAUGAUUUGCUUUCCAGUGGCCCUUUGCUGGAGGCGCUGGCUGAUAGAGAAGCGCUGCAAACAGCAACAGAGGAGUUGGUGCUGCUGCUGCUGCUGCAGCAGCAGCAGCAGCAGCAGAUGCGCUCCAGCAGCAGGAAGACCCUCGCAGUCGCCGCUGCUGCAGAAGCUGCCAGAAACAAAUCCCUCGCUGCUGCUGCUGCUGCUGCUGCUGCUGCUGCUCCCGCUGCGGGGGCCCUCUUGCCCGCGCCUGGGCGGGGACUCCCCAAGCGGGUUUGGCUUCGCCUUUGCUGCGGGAGCGGCAGGCGCACUGCUGCCGGCCGAAGACGAGGAGGACUGCGCUGCAGCACGAAGGCAGCAACAGCAGCAGCAGCAACUGCCGCAGCCGCAACAGCAACAGCAGCAGCAGCAGAAACAGCAGCAGCAGCAGUAGCAGCAGCGACCGCGUCUGCAGCAGCAGCAGCAGCAACGCCCGCUGCAGCUGGAGCUGCACCCCCGGCAGCAGCAGCAGCAGCAACAGAGCUAGCGGCAGCAGCAGCACCACCACACCAGCGGCCGCAGCAGCAGCAGCAGCAGCAGCAGCAGCAGCACUCCUAG